GUCUAAAAUGUUUAUUAUUUUUCGCAUUCAAAUACAUCAAAUCUACGCGCCUUCUGUCUGUGGUUUCCCGCUAUUUUUGCCACUCUGGCAGCGCUUCAAACGUCAGCUGUUUCUCUCUUCUGUGGCAACGCCACAGUGUUCAUGCUGGAGGUGGUGCCCCUAGAGAUGCGAAGGAACAGAAGCCGCUCAAGGAGCAGCCAGCGCAGCCGACGCGGCCGCAGGCAGAAGCAGGAGGCUGCGGUCAGACAAGCGGCAUCAUCGAUCAUGGGAGGAGGAACGGCAGCCGAGAUGUGGAGCAACACGCACAGAAGGCUCUUCCAGUGGCACCACAUGCAGGUGCAGCGUCUUUGCCAAGGACAAUAUCCGCAGCAGGAGGAGCGCGAGCAGUGCCUGGAGGAGAGCUCCACUUCCGAAGCCGAAGAGGAGGCGGAGACGGCAGCUGCGGCGACAACCAUCGACGAGGAAUACUUGCAGUUCCUGGCAGUGACACUCAGGCAUCAGCAGGAGCUAAAGCAACGACGUGCUGCCGCAUCGAUAUCCACACCAGACUCAACCUUAGAUUUAGUUUAGGCUAAGAUUUUGUAUCUUUUUUACGCGAGUAGUAAAUGUUGCCCCACGACCGCACAAAGAAAGCCGCCUUGGGAUAUCUGACUUUUGCGUUCGUCGUCGGAGGCACAACUGUA